GCCAACAGGAAAUACCCCGACCAAAACGAUAGAGAAAACACAUAAUAAUUGCAAAGGACAACCAAUUUAGCUGAUGUCCAUUCAGUUUGGCGGCUAAUGCAUCUCGUCGGGGAUAAAGUUAUACCAUUACGGAGGCGCUCUGCUGCUACCAUAUGCAAAUGCCAGCUUGUUAACGACAAACUCGAAUGAUUGAAAAUGCAAAUUGCGAGUGCAUUUGACUUGCGGCGUGGCUGGUUGUUGCAGGUGCAGCAAGGACAACAACAACUACAAAUCAAGGGCACCGCAAAUUAAGCCACAACGACAACCGUUAAAGUGGCGGAAAUGACACAGUCAAAAUGUAUCGUUGCAAAAAUUGGUUUUGUGCGCGCAGCAACAACAACAACUAUGUGGAUGUGGCACUAAGUGACCCGGCAGCAGCAAAUACAACAACAGCGAGUCGCAAUAACAGCGCCAGCAACAACAACAACAGCAGAAGCAACCACUGCAACAACAGCAGCAUCGGUAAUAGCAGCAACAGCAAAAGCAAUCAACAGACAAACGCCGCCACAGCAGGCGGUUUCAGGGGUGCAGGUGCAGGUGCAGGUACAGGCUACCCCAAUCACCCCAACGCCGCCCACUCCGCCUCAUUUGGCGCCGCCGAUGAACCAUCGCCGCCACAGGCCCAUGUGGUCACCUUUCUGGACGAUACGGCCAGCGGCAGCAAUAGCGGAGCCGUGACCAGCAGCCGCCUCGUGACCACCGCCGAGCUUCAUCAGGCCCACAUGCUGGAGCACCACUCGAAUCUGGACGCCAUCGAGCAGGCGGAUGAUUUCAUCUAUGGUCCCGGCGCAGGGUUGUCGCUGUGCGACGACAGCCUGCCAUCGGCCAAAAACUGCUAUCGACUCGUUAUGCUUGGCUCAUCACGCGCCGGCAAGUCGUCGAUUGUGGCACGUUUCCUGGGCAAUAGGUUCGAGGAGGCCUACACGCCGACCAUUGAGGAGUUUCACCGCAAAUUGUAUCGCAUACGGAAUGAGGUCUUUCAAUUGGAUAUUUUGGAUACUUCUGGCUAUCAUCCGUUUCCCGCAAUGCGUCGUUUGUCAUUUCUAACUGGGGACCUCUUCAUCCUUGUCUUUAGCAUGGAUUCCCGCGAGUCCUUCGAGGAGGUGGUUCGCCUGCGGGAAAACAUAUUGGAGACCAAGUGGGCAGCCCUCAAUCCGGGUUCUGGCUUCAAGAAGAAGAGUCUUCCGAAGAUACCCAUGAUCCUGGCGGGCAAUAAAUGUGAUCGCGAUUUUAAAACUGUGCAGGUGGACGAGGUCAUGGGCUAUAUAGCUGGCCAGGACAACUGCUGCACCUUUGUGGAGUGCUCGGCGCGUCAGAACUACCGCAUUGAUGACCUCUUCCACUCGCUGUUCACGGUGUCCAAUCUGCCGCUAGAAAUGACACCCAAUCACCACCGCCGUCUGGUGUCCGUUUUUGGGGCACCAUCGCCACUGCCGCCCCACGGAUCCGCAGUGGGCGGGACUAAGAAGAACGCACUGUCCAUCAAGCGCCGGUUUAGCGAUGCCUGCGGUGUGGUGACCCCGAAUGCCCGGCGUCCCAGCAUCCGGACGGAUCUCAAUCUGAUGAGAUCCAAGACGAUGGCUCUGAACGAGGGCGAGGGCGUGAGGGCCUCGUCGCGCUGGAACCGCUGUGCCCUGAUGUAGGAGCAGAUCAGAGCCGUGUGAUAGUAGUGGAGAGCGGAUCCUUGGCGGGAGGGCCUGGCAAGGCCCAGCAACUAAUUUUAAACGCAGCGUUUGGGUGAUUUCGAUAUUUUAGUGUAAAUACUCUCGUAGACAAGGCGCGGCAAGUGUGUUGAAACUAUUAAUUAAUGAAUUAUGCAUUUGGCACUUUCUCGUCGAAAUUGUUUUACGAUAUGCAUAAUUGAAUG